GAAUAUACAAUACGAUUACGACGGCAGUAACUAUUAUAGAUAGCAAUGUGGUCCUUUCAAAAUUAAGUGAAACUUGGGUUGUUACUGUUGACCCAGGAACUUAUAUGCUAGCUUUUGAAGACACUACUAGUUCUGUCGUAUUCUCGAACACAUUUACUAUCAAGGCUGCUAGUUCAAGUACUACCGGUAGUACAGGUAUUGGUUCAAAUACUGGUUCAGGCUAUCCAUCCUCCUAUUCAUAUUCACCCUCUUCAGGAACGUCGAGCAAUGAUUCUAGUAGCAGCAGCAGCCUUGGUACUUCUAAAACUAUUAUAAUCGUCAUAGCCGUUGUAGCUGUUGUUGUUCUUGUCGUAGCCGGUGUAGGAGGAUACUUUUUCUUAAAUAGAAAUAAGAAGAAUAAAGAUGCGAAUAAUGAAAUGCUUUGGAAUGAUAGCAAUCCUCCUAACUAUGAUAAUUAUCAGACUCAGAAUAAUUAUCCUAUUAAUACUCAGAAUGAUUAUUCUAUUAAGGAUACUAAUAGUUAUCCCGUUAAUAAUCAGACUAAUUAUCCUAUUAAUAAUCAGACUAAUUAUCCUAUUAAUGAUCAGAAUAUUUAUCCUAAUAACCAGAAUG